CUCUCAUCACCCUGGGGGGCUCGCUGCUGAAAGCGAACCAACCCCUGGCCGACUCCUACUUCUCUGACCGGCGGAAUGCCCUGAAUAUGGAUGAUCCAUAACUAUACCACAGUCCUUUUGGAAAAUCCUCCUCAAGAACAAAAGCACAAGAAAUAGGAACAGGACCAGACCAUAUGGUCCAUCAAUGAUAUAUAAUUUAGUAGCUCCAGACAUUCUCAGGUACUUCGUCAAAUUUUCAUGGGGUUGGACCGUGGGCCUGCUAUUUCCCUUUAUUUUCACUUCAAAUUACUUUCUUCAAAGGGAUGUUCUGUUUGCAGUACGUCGUGUAACUUCAUGUCUGGUAGGAACUGGUGUUUGGUUUCUUAGCACAAGGACUUUUCAUAUUAUUGAAAAUUUCACAGGUGAGUGCUACGAAUCCCAAAAUAUGACUGUUCUUCAUGAACUUGAUAACCUAUACACCUGCAAGAAAAAUGGCCACAUUUGGCUUGGCUUUGACAUCUCUGGACACUCCUUCUUAUUGUCAUACUGUGUACUAAUUAUGACAGAAGAAAUAGCUGUCAUGAAUGAACUUCACAAAGUGGAGCAAAAGCCAGGAAAGGCCAUAGCAACAAUCAUUAAAUCACUGUUUAUUGCUUUAAAUGCCUUGCUUUUGUUGUGGAUUUGGAUGUUUUUUUGUACUGCAGUGUAUUUUCAUGAUAUGCCUCAUAAAAUAAUUGGAACUGCUUUUGGAAUUUCUGCCUGGUAUGGAACAUACAGGUUUUGGUAUAAGAAACCUUUUUCUCCUGGAUUGCCACCUGAAACUGGGAACAAAAAGGAGUAGUAUUCUGAAAUCUUCAAGUAUUGAUGUAAUUUUUGCCAUUCUUGUAUACAAGUUCUAGGCAUUAUUGAAUUUGUAUUUUUGCAAUGUGAUGUACGUGUAAAUAUUUACUAUUCUCCCGACAUGAAACUGGCUUAUUUGUCGAGCUCCGAUUAGAGGAAAGUAUUGAUAUUCAACACCGGUUGUGAAGUGCAUCUAAUAUAAUCAGGUUCAAAAUGACAAUACAAAUAAUAUAACUGAAUAUAACUUUAAAACGCUAAGGAUUUGCUUUUCAAUUGUUUCUUCACUGGGGUGGAUUUUAAAGUUGUUACCUGCAGUACAGAAAAUUAGCUUUCCAAUUUCUGUGUCAGUCUAAACCAAUGGAAGCAGCUUUAUUUUAAAUGAGGAACAGUUGUUUGCAGCUUGCAUUGCCUUAGCAUGUCUGUGUACAUAUAGUCACAUAGCAGCCCAGGUGUAAUUACAGAAUAAUAUGUCAUGUGGAUCUUUAUUAUAUAAGAUGCUGGCCAUUAUUCUUUUUUUAGUUGUUCAACCACAAAGUGUAACAAUAUUAGCAAUUUUUAAAACUUUAGUCUCCUCUAUUUUUGUUUAAAAUCAAAUAAUUACAUGAAUGAGUAGAGCUGGUGGCUAUUCUAUCCAUUUUCUAAAAUUUACAUUUCUCCGCUUUAAUUUUGUUCGUCCAUUCUUCAUUAUUUCUGUUUGCAUUAUAUUAAGUGCAAUGUACACUUAUCUGUAUUUCAUCUUUUUCAAUCUGAAAAUCUGUGAUUUUUAAAGCAAUUAUGUAAGCAAUGCCUGUAAUCAGU